AUGUCCGCAUCAGCAAAAGAGGAGGCAAAUCCUUCCUCAGAACCGGCUCCUUCGAAAAAAGGAGCGAAGAAGGCCGAAGCCAAGGCAAAGAAAGAAGCAGAAAAGGCUCGAAAAGCAGCUGAGCGUGAAGCGGCCACUGCCUCAGCUAAUUCUACUGAAGUCCAAGACACAGCAAAAGAUAAUUACGGGUCAAUCACAAAUGCAACUCAGCUCGCCUCUAAUUCAGUUCAUCUUAGAGCUCUCUCAGAGGAGAAUGUAGGAUCAAUAGUCAAGUUGCGUGCAUGGAUACAAAAUUCUCGGAUGCAGGGCGCCCGGAUGGCCUUUGUGGAACUAAGGGAGGAGAGUAAUUGGACAGCCCAGGGUGUUGUCGCAUCAAAUAAUGAGGGUUCAGUAAGUAAGCAGAUGGUAAAAUGGAUCGGUGGCUUAAAGCUAGAGAGCUUCAUACUACUUGAAGCUGUAGUCAAAAAGCCACUCGAACCGGUCAAGAGUUGCAAGGUUCAUGGAGUUGAGCUGCACUUGGUAAAGGUAUACCUAAUUUCUGCGGCACCGGAAAUGCUAGGCCUGGGGCUUGCAGCUGCCAAUCGAGCUGUUGGUAGACUAGAUGAGGAGGAUACAACUGAAACCAAGGAUGAAGGUUUACACAUUACAGAAAGCACACCACUGGCAAGUUUGGCUACACAUCUCAACAACCCCGCCAUGCACAAGCGCGCUCCAGUAAGUCAAGCAAUCGCUGAUAUAAGAAUUGCAGUAGAGGAUCUGUUUUGUGAAUAUCUUCGUGCCCGUCGUUUCAAGAAAUUUCACCCGCCUUCGCUCAUAGGUGCGGCAUCUGAAGGCGGAUCCAAUGUUUUUCGAAUGCCUUACUUUGAUAAAGAAGCCUAUUUAGCUCAAAGUCCCCAAUUCUAUAAACAGUUCGAGAUCGCGGGUGGUCGUAAAAGAGUUUUCUGUGUCGGUCCGGUAUUCAGGGCUGAAAACUCAAAUACACCUAGGCACAUGACUGAGUUUAUUGGCCUUGAUCUGGAAAUGGAAAUUGAGGAGCAUUACCACGAGGUAAUUCAUAUGUUAGAAGGAGUUCUUCUUCACAUAUUUCGUGGUCUCUCGACUCAAUGCCGCGAAGAAAUAGAGCUUGUCCGUUCUGUCUAUCCAUCAGAAGAAUUUCUUUUACCCGAACCUGGAAGAGAAGUCCGCCUUACAUUUGCUGAAGGUCAAGCUCUUCUGCGAAGUCAAGGCCCAGAUGAAUUCAAGGAUGUUACUGAUGAGGAAGACAUGUCAACAGCCCAAGAGAAAGCACUUGGAGCCCUCGUUCGGGAGAAAUAUGGCACUGAUUUUUACGUCCUCGAUAAAUUUCCGAGUUCAGCUAGACCCUUCUACGCUAUGCCUGAUCCAGAAAAUCCAUCAGUUACCAAUGCCUAUGACUUUAUGAUGCGCGGUCAAGAAAUUUUGUCCGGGGGACAGCGCUUGCACAUACCGAGCGAGCUUGAAGCAAAUAUUCGCGCCAAGGGACUUGACCCUAAUCAGCCUGGUAUCAAGGAGUAUGUAGAUGUUUUUAAGAGUGUGGGUGUGCCCCCUCAUGGAGGUGGUGGUAUCGGAUUGGAUAGGGUCGUGGCAUGGUACCUGAAUUUACCCAGCGUUCACUUAGUAUGUGACUAUCCUCGGACACCAAAAAGGUUAGAUCCCUAG